CAAAGAAAGAAUGAGUAACUUCAACGACAUACGCGCCGGAAGUCAGGAUGAUACUGGUACUUAUCCCGGUCCUCAUAACGCGGCCGGUCCUGGUCAAGAUCUUUUGAAGAUACUAUAUUCAUACCUCUGCACCUACCAUCGCCUUCAACGGGGACAGGGCAGGAAUAAUACGGAAUACAAACCAGCACCGUCCUUUCAGGACGACAUGAAGGCAAUAGUGCGGUUCCACAGUCUUUGAAGGACAUGAGGCUUGACUUUGGUACUGUUCUUCGUGCUCAUUCUCUCAUGCUCGGUAUAGGACCUCUAUAAUGUGUACAGGGCGUCCUGGUACGUUUCACUCAUCUUCAUCGGCUUUAGUUGUAGCGUGCAGAGAUGUUGUUUCCAGGUGCCACAUGUGUGGCGUGGAU